AACGCCACCGACGUCGUCGACGCCGUCGCCUCCGAGCCCCACCACCGCCUGUCAAAGCCCUAUUGGCGGCUCCGAUACGUCCUCUGCAUCUCGAAGGUAGCUUGAUCCAGCUCUAUGCUGUCCAGUCUGAGAGAUUCUUUGUAUCAGAGUUUGCCACCUAGUAUAAAGUCAUCUUUGCGCUCUAGAAUUCAUUCUUUUCAUGUCAAAGAAAAGCUUCUUCCAUUGAGCAGGGAAUGCUUUGAGAAGGGUCCAUAUAGCUUGUCUCUGUGCAGCUCUCUGUUGCAGACAUCAAAGUUGAGAUGGAGCAGUUUUUCUUCCACGGACAAUACGUUUCAUAGCAUGAUUAGCGAGUUGAGGGAGUUGUCACCUAUUGAGCUAUCCACUCUUCCUCUAUUACACAAGUGCCUUCGGCUCCAGUGCCUGUACAAUGAGAGAUGCAUAAUGCAUGGGUUCAGCAGCUCGAAGCACUUUUCAACCAUCCUUGCGGUUGUCAUGAGAAUGGGUCAUGAUUUGAGAAGGGGGGUCAUGUGGAAGAUCAUUGCAGCAGCCAGCUCAGGGAUUGCAACAAUUGUCAACAUUUAUUGAGACCAACAUUUGCUACUUCCGUCCCUCUCGAUUUGUCAAUUUCUCUUGCUUUUUGUUCAAGUGUGAACACUUUGGAAUUGCAAUUCAAUUCAUUGAUCUACUUAAAGGAAACUGUAGUCUCCCUUGAAUGUUGAUCUUAGU